CUCUUGGUGAAAGGUCCAGGGAAGAUUUCUUGAGCGAUAAGUUUGAUGAAUUUCAUUAAUUUUGCUGAACAACAUACACAGAAAAGACAGUAAACCAUACACGAUGUCAACAAGUAAAAACAAGAAGCAUUUAAAUGCUCCAACACCAAAUCCCAAUGCUAGUAUGAAAAAAGGGACACUGACACAUUCAGUUACUCGCAGUAAAUAUGGUGGUGGAGGUGUAAGGAAUACAACGUUUGCUAGUUCCCGAUCCAAUAUUGUAUCAUCAGCCAGUAGAAAGAGCAUGGGAGCACAAACCGGAGACAAAUCUAGUCAUAUCAGACCUCCAGUACAGGUUUUUGAUGAAACUGGAAUUGAUGUCACCCCAAUACCUUUACAACAAACAGAUCCAAAUGUAAUGAAGAAAAAUCAGAGUAAUAUACUAGGAGACAGUACUGCUGGCACUCCAUCUGAUUUACUAUCACAGAAUUCCUUCAUGUAUACAACCGGUACAGCCAGUAUUUAUGGAGGAUUUUCAAGAUCUGUAUUUAGUCAGUCAUAUGAUACAGGAUCUGGUAUGGAUGAAAUAGCUGAACCAUCACAAGAACAUUCUUCAUGGGCUGAUAUACAGUUUAAAAGAGAAGAAACGAAAGAAAUUGUAACGGACAGUGACCUGGAGAAAACAGUAGACCUUAAUUUAAGUGAAACAGAGACAAUAUGGCUACUAGAUAUGCCAGAUAUUUGUGUUUUUACCGAAUCAGAAGAAGCUCCAUCAAUUAGAACAAGAAAUGAAAAAUACUUAGAGCUGACUAAAAGUCGAGCUGGUAAUGACAGAUAUGCUGAAAGAGGAAUGAACACAUUUAACGAACCACCAAAAUUGAAACAAAUACAAACAACUAAAAUACAGAGCAAUGAUAUUGGUAUAAUGGCAACAACAUGGGAUAUGCAUGAUACAUAUGAAGCAUUAGAUAAAGAAAAUAAAGUUGGAAAUGAAGAUGAUGAAGAAGAAGGUACAAUCAGUCGACCAUCGACCCCUAAAUCUGGCGAAGAGAAAACAGAUGCUGAGAAAGAAACAGAAGGAACAACAUCUCGUGGUAGCAGUGCUAGAAUGGGUUCCAUGAAGAAUAGUACAAUGAUGGACAGUAGAGCUACUAUGGUAUCUAGUACAGCAGGAUCUGAAAGUGUUUUUGCAGGUGGAGAUACCAGUUUAUCAGCUACAAUACAAUCUGAACUACAAGCAAUGGAAGAAGAAAAAAUAAUGAAGUCUGAGAAUUUAAAGAGGGAUUUGUUUAAUAUGGAACGAGUUAUUAAUUUAAAUACAUAUCAACCUAAACAAGCACUAUACAGAGGAUUCAGUGUCAUGACAGAUAUAGAUAAAGAAGUAUCUAAUGUUAGUACAAUAACAGGAUCGGAUAUGGGUCCGAAUCUGGACAGAUUAUGGUCGUACACGUGUCCAUUAACCAAAGGUAGAAACGUCAGCAGUAUGUCGUGGAAUAAAGUCAAUCCUGAUCUAAUUGCCAUUGGUUAUGGUCAGUUUGAAUUCACCAAUCAAAAAGCAGGUUAUGUGUGUUGUUGGUCUUUAAAGAAUCCAGAGUUUCCAGAGAGAGUGUUUACAUGUAAAGAGGGUGUAACAGCAGUAGAUUUCUCCACAGCAAAUCCUAAUUUGUUAGCAGUAGGUUUUUAUGAUGGUAGUGUAGCUAUAUAUAAUGUUAAAUCUAAUCUAGAUGAACCAAUAGUUGAAAGUGUAGAAUGUCAGGGUAAACAUACGGCACCAGUAUGGCAGGUGAAAUGGAUAGAGAAAGAACGAGGAUCAGGAGAGGAAGGUACCGAGGUUAUUAUAUCUGUAUCAACUGAUGGUCGUGUUACACAAUGGUCUGUUAGAAAAGGUUUUGAAAGUUACGAUUUAAUGAGAUUAAAGAAAAUGCCAACAAGAAUGGCCGGUAGAACACGAGAGAAGAAAGGUGGUGCUUUUAUCUGUGGUUUUGCUGGUGGUUUGACUUUCGACUUUCACUCUAGAGAUACAAAUAUUUAUUUAGCAGGUACAGAAGAAGGUUACAUACAUAAAUGUUCCUGUUCUUAUAAUGAACAAUAUUUAGAGAGUUACACUGGUCAUACGGGUCCUGUAUAUAAAAUACAAUGGUCGCCAUUUGUACCUGAUAUAUUUUUAAGUUGUAGUGCUGAUUGGAGUAUUAGAUUAUGGCAUCAAGAUCGAGUUAAACCUGUUUUAAGUUUCUUUUCAUCUACAAAAGCUGUAAAUGAUUUAUGUUGGUCACCCCGAUCAUCAACAGUAUUUACUUGUGUUAACGAAGGUGCUGUAGAAGUCUGGGAUCUUAAUACUAGCACACUCGAUCCUUUAAUUAUUAAUAAUCCUACAUCAGGUGCUAAACAAACAUCUGUUACAUUUGCUAGAAACUCAGAGUGUAUAUUAGUGGGUGAUAGUGAAGGUCAGGUAACAGUUUAUCAGCUACGAUGUAUGCCAACACCACCUGAAGAUCCGUCUGAAGCUCUAAUGAAAGUAAUCGGGUCUUCAAUAACCAUAGCCAAUCAACUACAGUCACAAGAAACAUCAAAAGCACUGGCAGAUCCAGAAGAUGAAUUCUCGGCUGAAGAUAAAGAAUAAAACAAACGUAAUAUAGAGACACUGUAAUUUAAAAUAUGAAAUAUUCUACAGUGGGAUUUUCUCACCCGAAAAAUAUUCAACACCGGGGGUUUCCUACAUGAAAAAAAACAACAAAAUAUUCUACAGUGGGGAAUUCCCUACCCUAAAAUAUGAAACUUCACUACAGGGAUUUUCAUACAUGAAAAUAGACAAAAUAUUCUACGGUAGGGAAUUCCUACCCUAAAAAAUAUGAAACACUCAACGCAGGAAUUUUCUUACCCUAAAAUAUUCUACAUUCAAUAUAGGGAUUUUCAUACAUGAAAAAAGACAAAAUAUUCUAAAGUGGGGAAUUCCUACCCUAAAAUAUGAAACACUCAACACAAGGAUUGUCUUGUAUAACAAAAGACAAAAUAUUCUACAGUAGGGAAUUCCUACCCUAAAAUAUGUGGAGAGUAAGAAUCUGUAACUAAACCUACAUAGAGACACUUUAAUUUAAAAUAUAAAAUAUUCUACAGUGGGGAAUUCCUAAUCUAACAUAUAUGGAGAAUAAGAAUCUAUAACUGAAAUGUAGACAAUCACAUUGUUUCAGGAAGUAAGCUUUAGAAACAGCAGAAUAAAAGAUUAGGACUGUAUCCACAGCCAAAAUUACAAGCAUUGGGGGGUUGGAUGGUCGAAUAGUUAGUUUGUGUGCGUUGUAUCAUAAUGUCUGUCAUUGAUUCAACUGGUGUGGUUUCGAUUCCCUGGUUGUCCGUGACAAGGCCUCUACGCGCAACCAAAUUAUUGAAAUAAAACAAAAAACCAUUUUAGUCCCAAUCUCUCUGUAAAAUUAUCAUUUUAAUUUCAUUUUGUAGAUUCUGUUUUUUGGCCGCUUUAAUAAAGAUAAUUAACUAUAAUUGUUUAUGAGAAAUGUAGUAGACCUAACUCACUGUAAACUCAUUCCUAACUUCACUAGGCCUACAUACCAUCAUAUAGCCACUGUCAAUCAAGGUGAUCUGCUAUUUUAAAGAUACAUUAUGGUAGAUUAGAUUAAGAGCUGGUAGUUCUCACUAUAAUAGUUAAAAACUAGAUAAUGUAAAGGGUAUUUGCUGACUAUUUCUGUCAAAUUGAUCCACUCUGAACCUAGAUUUUAGCGAUUGAAUAUUGGGGCUAGCCUCGAUCAUCAUUACUAAAGUCGGUAGGAUGAAAAAACAUAGUCACAAUUAUCCAUUUUUUGAUUUAAUUAUGAAUGAAAGUCGAACAUCAAAUCGGAACCUAAUCCAAUAAACAUCCCAGGCUGGCGAUGCCAUCGAGAGUUGAUUUAUGUCUAAUUAAUAAUUUAGAUAACAUUUCAGGCCUAAAGAAAGAUGUUCAAUAAGCAGAUUUAGCUCUUGCAAAAUGUAUGUUUAAUGACCGAUUCAUUUGAUUUGGGCUAUAGGAAAAAACGUCUUUCCUUUUCUAGCAAAAAAUGAAAUUUAUGUACGUGGAUAAGUUAUAACCAAAUUACCCCACUCCAUCUACCUCGAUUCAGGUCGUAUCUACCAGUAUUAACUUGACUAUCAGUGAAAUUGAUCUGAAUUCUGGAAUGAUGUAAAUGCCUGAAUCCUGAGAUGAUGUAGGUGUCUGAAUCCCAGGAUGAUGUAGGUGUCUGUUUUUUGCUGGUUGAUGUCAUAUUUACAAGUCUUGACUGACUCUCAGUGAAAUUGAUCAGCUAGAGAACAGUUAAAUUUAUAGUUUUUAUUGGAAUGUUGCUGAAAAUUUUCAUUCUUUGGAAAAAAGGAUCCAAAGCAAACAAAAUUUGUGAUAUAUUUAUCAGAUGGGAAAAUUUUUGAGUUAAGCAUUGCCCCAGACUGAAAAUAAAUAAAUAUGGCAAUGAUUCAACUGUCUAAUUAUUGUUUCCUUCAAGAAAUAUUUUAUUUUUUAUUUUUCUCUAUCUCUUAUAUUGUUAGUGAAUUGUUAACUAUAUUUAUUUGUAUAUAUUAUUAAUGUAAUUAUUUAUUAAUUUUAGAAAUGAAACCAUUGCAGCAUUCUGUCAUUCCAUCCAUAUACCAGUGUAUUGUAUCUGAUUAUUAAUGUAUUCAAUUAAAUCA